AUGGGUCUGCCACAGACAGCUUCGAAUGAACAAUCCCGCGAAGCUUUGUCUUCUCCGAGUUGUAGAAUUUCGCAAAGUCUGCCUGUGUAUGCCACGUCCCAUGAUUCAGAUGGCCUCAACAGUGGAAGUGAGGGAGGCAUCUGCUCUUCCAUUGGAGAAUUUGAUAGAAAAACAUCAUUGGAGCCUCUGGAGUUCACAGAUGAUUCGUCUAGAUUCUAUGGCUCUCGUGUUGUUACCUCAUCAAGUGCUCAUGGAUCGACUAGCUAUGCUGCUGCGGAUAAGGUUAGUUCGAGUCUAACUGGAGCUAGAAGGAUAGUUGGUUUUGCAUCAAGCGAAACUAGCUCACUGGAAAACAAACACACGAAUUUCGGUGUUGAUCACUCUCUGUCAUCCACUGGUGGAGUUACAGGAGUAGAUAUUGGUGGUGCAUUAGUCAGGAAACGAGUACUCUCCCCUCUGAAUACUCUCUUCCCUGUAAAAUUCAGAGGUGACCUGCUUGAUAUCAGCUGUAGUAACCACCAGCAAAUGACUUAUUCUCGUCUUUGUAAUGGAUUUGGCAAUUCUGUCGCAAGAGAUCACAAAAAGGCUAAUGUCCCUGGUACGUUACAUCUCUCUACCACUCCUACGACCCCAACCACAUCUACUAGCUGGGAAUGGAAGAAUGCCUCAAACUGUGGUCGACUUUCGUCCAUGGUCUUCACUGAUGGUCCUUUGCUUGACUCUGUAGACUUCCGCCAACCCACAAAAGGCGAGGUUUGCUUAUAUUCACCAGUAUAUGAAACGUCUGGCAUACCCAAUAAGCCUUUACCUUGUGAUAAGGAUAUAUCUGUCUCUCCGCCGCUUUCUCUCUCACCACUUGGUCCGAAAUUUUCUGAGAGAAUAAAAGCUAUAAGAAGUGGCCAAAGUGGGAAGAUAGUGGAAGAGUUAAGGAAUAUCAGUGAAGAAGCAGAACUAAGGAUUGACCGUAGAUUGUUUGAUGAUGCAUGUGCUCUUAGAAGAGCGUUUUCAAUGGAGAGAGGUAUUGAAUCAGCUCCUGUAUCUCCAUGUAAAAAGUUCACUAGAAGCUUGAGUGGACGCCCUACUCAAAGGUCAUUGGUUGGUUCUUUCGAGGAGUCACUCUUAACAGGAAGAUUGUCAUGCGGGCCAACAAAUCAGAAGAUUGAUGGUUUUCUCGCCGUUCUUAGUAUUGCUGGGGGAAACGUAUCUCCAAAAUCGCAGAAGCUUCCAUUCUCAGUAACCAGCGUUGGUGAUGAUUGCUUAUUGCUAUACUAUGCCUCCAUAGAUCUCGCUGGAGGAUCUAAAUUGAACAAAUUCUGGAGCCAGAAAAUGAAAACAAGUCAAAUAAACUCUGAUGCUCAGAGUUCCAAUAGCCAACUGCGGAUUCCCAUGAAGGGUCGGAUUCAACUGGUUCUUAGUAACCCUGAGAAAACACCUCUUCACACCUUCCUCUGUAACUAUGACUUAACUGAUAUGCCGGCCGGUACAAAGACGUUCUUGCGCCAAAAGGUUACUCUGGGAUCAUCUAAUCAAACUAGUGAAGCAACGCAAGAGAAGACGAGAAAAGCCAAAAGCUUGGAGAAAGAAAACUCGAAACAUGGGAACAAAAAAGAAUGCGAAGGAUCUGAUUUAGUAGAUGAGUUACAUGAAAGUGGAAAAAGCUGUUUAAAGUCUUCUAAAGAAUGUAACGGUGGUUCUGGUGCCCUACGGUACGCUCUUCAUCUGAGAUUUAUUUGUCCAUUACCAAAGAAAGCUUCGAAGAAAGCUGAUGAAACCGAAACUACGGGGCAAAUGAAAAGCUUAGAUUCAGAUGGGAAGAGGAGAUUCUAUCUGUACAACGACUUGAGAGUCGUGUUUCCUCAACGUCACACAGAUUCUGAUGAAGGAAAGUUAAAUGUGGAGUACCAUUACCCAGAAAACCCAAGAUACUUCGACAUUACUGAUUGA